AUGGGUCAACGUAUGAUUCGUCAUCAAGUGGAAGAAGGUUUAAGUUUAUACGAUGAAAAAAAUUACGAUGCUGCAAUAAAAAAAUGGACAAUAGCAUUACAAAAAAUGAAAAAUAAUCGACUUCGAUUUACAACACUCGGGCAUUUAGCAACGGCGUCGCGUGAUCGCGGACGAAAUAAAGACUAUCUGGUCUAUGCUGUACAGCAGAUUGAUAUAGCGCAUGAACUCGACGAGAAUAAUCUUCGUGCACAAGCCUAUUUAACUCUAUCGCGUGCCAACGAAAUGCUUGCUGAUUAUUUUAAAGCUGUUAGUUAUUCUCGUUCGACACUUCAGUAUUCGCCGCCAGGAGAUUCAAAACAAGUCUACGCUUAUCUUGUUAUGGCUGAUUCUUACAUUGGAUUAUGUAAUUUUUCUAAAGUAGUCGAAUGUCUUGAUAAAGCGUUGAAUAUGUCACAUGAACAUACGGAUCCCAUGAUGGAAACUCAAAUUCUUAGUACAAUGGGCAAAGUAUUUCUUGCAUUGAAAGAUUUUCCAAAAGCACUUCUAUUUCAACGUCGUGCACUUGAAAUGGUCUCAUCAAAUUCUGCACUGGCCACUGAACAUCAUCGAAAUGAAAAUUCGAAAUUUGUUCGUAUAACAAAAUUAAAAAUAGCGACACCGUUAAGAUUAAUGGGCGAUUUUGUUAGUGCAACAAAAUGCGUUGAAGAGUCAAUGCAAGUAGCCUCAAGUCUUGGAGAUCGACCCGUUCAAGCCAAGUGUCUUGUAUGCAUCGGCGAUAUACAACGUUCGCAAAACAAUAAUGAGGUCGCAUGUAAAAAAUAUGAAGCCGCCAUUCAGAUGCUUCAAGAUAUGAACGAUCGAUACAGUUAUACAUUGGCUAUGAUUGGUCUUGUCAAAGCGUUAUUGGCACUUAAUACACAACAGAAUACGGCAAAUGACAUUCUUGCAACUGCAUUGUCAACAGCAACAUCGAUGGGUAAUAAAUUGUUGCAAGCUCGAUGCCAUUUACUAAACGAGCGUAUACUUAAAUCGGAGAAUCGAUUAGACGACGCUCGAAAUGCAUUAGAUACAGCUCAACGUCUUUAUCAAGAAGCUGAUCUUUUAUGUUCCGUUUGCCAAAAGCCGAUGGGUAUGGAGCCUGAUAAAAUACAGAUUUUAACAUGUACACAUAUGUUCCACGAACGAUGCAUUGCGGAACUGUUACAAAAGUGGACUCGUCAAGCGCAAUCAUGUCCGAAAUGUAAUCAAAAAGUUUUAUUUAGUAGAAGUCAUAUUUCAUUAGCUUGUUCUUGA